CUACAUUCACAAUUUCAAACAAUAAUUUAUUUACAUUCUUCUCUUUGUUAAUUUACGUGGUACAGAAAAAGACAACAGUUCGAGUAUUAUUCUUGUUAAUUCUGGAACGCGUAUGAUUUAAACUGAAAUUUUAGAAAGUGCAAAUGAUAUGAUCACUUCAUGUUCCAAAGGUUUUUUCUUAGAUAAGGUUUUGUCUCAUCGAUUUAAAAGUGUGAAAUCAUCCUUACAUUCGGUUAUAUCGCUGAUAUACUUCGCAUCGAUCGCAAUGAGUAGUGAAAUUGUAACUAAUGGAAAAUCUAAAGAUGAAAAUCUUGAAGAAUUGAAUGAUUAUGAGGAAAUAAGGAUUCCUGUGCCAUGGGGUCAUAUUGCAGGAAAAUGGUGGGGUUCUAAAUCAGUCCAGCCAAUCAUUGCCCUACAUGGUUGGCAAGACAACAGCGGCACUUUUGACAAGCUGGCCCCCAUUUUGAAGUCAGCUGGAUACUCUUUACUGUGCAUUGACCUGCCUGGACAUGGCCUGUCAUCACAUCUACCUCAAGGUCAUAAAUACUAUCUUUGGUGGGACGGCAUACACUACUUAAGAAGAAUAGUGAAACACUUCAAAUGGAACGAUGUAACUUUAAUGGGACAUUCGCUAGGUGGCGGUAUAUGUUUCCUGUAUGCUGCAGUGUAUCCAGAUGAAGUUAAGAAGUAUAUUAGUAUAGAUAUCGCUAGUCCGUCUGUAAGAGACAUAAAACGUUCCUGUGAUGUAUUGGGUGGAGCUGUUGAUAAAUUUUUGGCCUACGAAAAUUUAACACCCGAUCAAGUUCCUUGCUAUUCUUAUGAAGACAUGUUAGAUAUUUUAGAAGAUGCCCACAAAGGUUCAAUUAAUAAAGAAAGCUGUGAAAUUUUAUUGAAAAGAGGUAUGAAACCUGCAGGGGACAAAGAUGGGUAUACUUUUACCAGGGAUCCGCGACUGAAGUUGGCAGCUUUAGGGUUUUUAACUUUAGACCAGGUCUUGGAGCUUGCUUCUAGGAUCAAAUGCGAGGUUAUGAACAUAAGGGCCGUUCCUGGCUACAAAUUUGACGUUCCCGACCACUACGACAUAGUUCUGGACAAAAUCCAGGAAAGUGCCAAAAGACUGGAUAGGCACAAGGUACCUGGCACGCACCAUUUGCACCUAAACGACGGUAACUCAGUGGCGGGUAUAAUUCUGGACUUUUUGGAAUCAUAGAACAGUUUUAAUAGUUGGAAAAAUCGAUAUAGUAUUAAUAAUUAAUUUAUUACAUAUUUAUGUAUGGGAAAUUUUUAUUUUAGCUAGUCCAAGCUUUGACUAAAAACUAAAAAGACAUAUCUACUUUUGUUGAUUUAUACUGUAUGAUAUGCCGAAAAAAAAACGGCGUCAAAGAGGGCUGGGGAAUAACACCAUUUUUAAAACCAAACUUAUCACCACUUGUUAUUUCUGACAGUCUUUGACGCCAUUUUUUUCAAUCGUAUGGUAGAUAUUUUAAGUAUUCUCACUACAAAUUGUAUUUUAAAAAAAGUUUUAACAUUGGUAUGUCAGAUUGACAUAUUUCACAAUAUGUUUAAGACACACAUAUGUCAAAUUGACAGUUCUGACAGACAUUGAUUACAUAGUGGUAAAGGAAUUAUAAAUCGUAAGUUUUUUAAAAUUAUUUUUGAUAGUAUUUUUAGCAUUUCAUACCAUAUGAUACUUAAUAGGUACCGUAUGAUCGAAAAAAAAACGGCGUCCAGUUUGCUUGGAAAUGAGCAUCGAUUAUUCCCCAUAUAAUUUUACAUAUAAAAUGACAGCGAUCUUCAUUUCGUAGCCAUCACUGACCCCGUUUUGUUUUUCGAUCAUAAGGUGUUUUAUGUUAAAGUAAUAUGGAUAAUGCUUUUAACUGUUUUUUUUAUAUACUAAAUGAAAACAAUAUAACAGUAUAAACAUGUAUCUUCCUUAUAAAUUUGCACAGCAAAAAAGUAACUACUUAUAAGUUGUGAUAUUUGUUAAUGUUAGUUAGUGUAGCACAAUUUGUUAUGAGGUAGUACAUUAUUUCAGGAUAUAUUUGUAUUCGAACAAUAAUUUUCUAUUUAUUUUAAUAUUUAUCAAGUUCUUUUUUUUUGUUAAUAAACCUACCUUGUGAAUAAAAUAAAUCAUUUUGUUA